GAAUAAACAUAUAUGUUGAAACUUAUACAAUGAAAUUGUUUGUUUUGGUUUUUUUUAUUAUUACAUAUUUUAUAUGUACUAUUUUCAGAGAUUAUUUAAAUCCAGGCUUGAGUUUAGUAUGAUUGUGAACAUAUAAACUUCCUGAAUUAGGUUAUUUUGGCACAUUAUCCAGUAUCUCGGAUAUUUAAGGAGUAUUAUGAAAUAUAAAGAGUGUUGAUAACAAUAGAUAUAUAUCGGUACUAUAACAGAUUGAUUAUGCCGAUAGUUCUAACUGAAUGGAUCACAGCUUGCUGUCUAUAUAUACCUGUGCUAAAUCUUUACCAGGUUUCUCCCAGGUAUAUCCCAGCUGAGGAAUGCCUGUUGGGCUUUUCCCCAUCGGGGAAGCACACUACUAUGGACUGACUGACGACGCCAGCAACGUGACCUCCACGAACUGUAGUUCUGGAAUACAGUGGAUCUACAAAGUCCUGGGAGACUGUGUGGAGGAUCCCAAAGGAAUCUCCUCCGUGGCCCUUGGGCUAGCAUCCAUUUUUGCCUGGAUGGUUGUUAGCAUUCCUCAGAUGGUAAAGAAUUGUCGAAAUAUUGCUGGUGUAGAGGGGAUCUCAAUAUUGCUGAUUCUCCAAUGGACACUGGGAGACGCCACAAAUUUAGUGGGAGCCAUUCUUACGAAUCAGUUACCUCUGCAGAUCUACCUUGCCAUAUACUUUGUGUUUGCUGACCUCAUUCUAUUUUCUCAGUAUCUCUAUUACCAAAUAUGGAAGAGAAAACAGGCCAACCAACAACAAGGGAGUGGACCUAGAGCUGUGCCAAAAAUAGUCCUGUGUUUUACUGGUGCCUUUAUAGGAACCAAUUUAUUUGGGGCUGCUAUUUAUAAUUCUCCACUGAAUCGUGAUCAAAAUAUGCAUAUAAUGCAUCACUCAGCUGGUAGGAGUUUACUUGGAACCAAUUUACACCACAGUGCUGUGAUAUUUCAUGGUUUUAAAGAUCAGAUGGGUUAUGCUAUAGGAGUAGUCUCUAGUAUAUUUUACAUAGGAUCACGGUCAGCUCAGUUGUACAAAAAUUACAAAAGGCAGUCAACAGACGGACUGUCCGUUUUGAUGUUCUGGCUUGCUAUUUUGGGGAACUUGACGUAUGGUCUUGCUAUAUUAGUACGACAACUGGACAGUGUGUAUGUUAUUCGACAUGUCCCCUGGCUAGUGGGCAGUCUAGGGGUCAUUCUUCUAGAUGCUUCUUUAUUGGUACAGUUUAAGUAUUAUGGAUCUAAUGGUGGCUAUGUCAGACUGUACUCUCAGGAAAUUGUUGUGGAUCAAGAUAUUGUACAGAAAGGAGAUCAAAAGAAAUUGUCAAUGAGUGCAGCUGUACUUGAUUCUCAGGGCCAGUACGGGGCCAUCAUCACGGUUCAACGUUUUACUUAGAAAUUAGAUUUGGGAAAAUAUUUGAAAAACUUCUCGGGAAUAUCAAAAAUACAAAUUUGCAGAGUUAUUUUCUUAUGAUAAAAUACAGGUUAAUAGUGUACAUGAAUAUGACAUGAAAAUCUUCCUCUCUAGAAAUAUAUUUGUCAAAGUAAUGUAUGAGCAUGCUGAUGUGAUAUAGAUUCAUUUUCGUUCAAACAGUGAUUAGUUUAGAGCCACAAUCAUCAAAGAUGCAGAGUUUUCCACUGAAUAAUAUAGGUAUAAUAUAGGUAACACUAUAGAUGAUAUCUAAACCCUCCCUCUAAACAACAUCUGUCCAAAUUAUAUGCAAGCAUCCCUAUGUAGUAUACAUUCAAGUUUAUUGACUAUUUAAACCCCCAGGCCUGCAGGGUAGUUCUACAAAAUGGGAGCAAUGUUUUUCAUCACAAGAUUGAAAUUAUUCAAGAACACCAAGACUGCACCUUAUCAAAAUAAAUAGUUUCUGGGGUCACAGUAGGUAUGUAAUAUAUAUACAUGUAUAUAUAAGUAAAGAUUCACAGUAGGUAUGUAAUAUAUAGAUAAGGGUUCUUUUAAAAGCCAAACAUGGCUAUCAUUUAGUCAGAAUACAAAUAAUAUGAGCUUCAAGCAAAUACCCUCAUGUAAUGUAAAGUAUUCCAGAUUUUGAAGAGGUGCAAGGUGACUCAGGUAAGCACCGUAGCCCAUGAGCCUCUUGAAACUGACAUAUAUACCAAUCCUUUAGCAGAGAUUCUUAUGAUCAGUUUUUAGUCCUAGCAAAAAUUAACUUGUAAUCCGGAUUGCAGAUGCACAAUAUCAUUCUUUAUUUACUACACACUGAGGAAUGCAUCAAAGUGUUUUGCCUUAACCAAUCUAUAGUUGGUGGUGCAGUUUAAGUAUUAUGGGUCAGGUGAAGACUUCGACAGACUGUCUCAGGAACCAUUGCUCCAAGAUCAGGAAAUUGUAGUAAAUGGAGAUCAUCUCAAGUACGAUACCAUCAACUGAUGCAUCAUGGAUUCUGUUGAAAAAUGGAAUGCCUUAAUUUUCAUGGACUGUGUUAUAUAAGAUGAAAAUCAGCUCAUUUGUCUAUUUUGGUUUUACAGUUAUAUAGAUUUCUUUAGAUGAUUGUUCAGAGAAUUUGAAAUGUGUGUGCGUGUGUGAACUGUUCAUGGAUUUUAAUUCAUCUUGAUUGUGCAUUGUUUAUUCAGUAUCUAUUGUGUGUUAAUAAUGUUGUGAAAUAUAAUGAUUGUAUGUGUCGUACAACAGACUAUAUAAUGUAUUUAGAAAUGUUUAAAACAUUCAAAUGUUGAUGUAAUACGGAAAAAUUUAUCCAUUUCUGAAUUUCUUGUCGGCAUUUGAUAGACUGAGAGUCAGGAAAGAACAUGUAUGCUAUUGUCAACACCUAUGAGUAACAAUAGUAGAUGAGCGGAUCAUAGGAUCUAAUUUUAAUUAGAUUAAUCGUCAACUCCACAGGAAUAUUUUUUGUUUUACUGCUCUAUCAAUCUCAUUUUGAUUUAUACAUUGUAUCUAGUAUAUGUACACUUUUAUCAAAAUGAUCCAAAAUUUCAACUUAAAGAUCCAACCAGUUAUUUUCACCAGUGUUUGUAUGACAUUUUAUACUUGCUUUUAUUACGGGGCACUCUGCUGGGUUGUUACAUGUAUUGUAUUCCACGGCAUUAAAAAUUAAGAUUGAAUUGCAUUUAUGAUGUGUUCAUGAAAUUUGAAUAUCUUGUAGUAAUUGAUCUAUGUAACCAGUGCCUGUCGAAAAGUGAAUGAUAAGUGAAUCAUAUUUAUAUUGAUACAUGUUUGAGUCGAAAACAACAUAUUAUUAAAACUAUGGCUGUUGUUUCAUUUUGGGGCCAUUACCAAUAUAGUUUCAGUAGCAAGUGCCAAAGACUUUCUGUUUAUAGUCAAUUGUUCAAAUGGUAUGACCUCAAGUUAGGAAUAGGGGCCACAAUUAUGAAGUCCAGAAUUUGCAUAGGAAUAUACUGGAAGGUUUAGAAAGUCUAUAAAAUGUGGGUAAAUGGUGUGUUAAAACCUUACACAGUGUAUGACGAAAUUUAUAAUACUUGACAUUUUCAUUUGAUAUCUAUGUUAAAUUUCCAAUUUUCAUGUUAUUCUGAAAGAUUUCAUUGUUUAGGAAUGUUUGUGUUUCUUUUUACAAGAUUUCUCCACUAUAUCAAACUUAAUGAAUAUUUGUGUUUUUUAAAAGACAUCUCCACUUCCUUAAGGAAUUUCAAUUGUUCCACUUUUAAAUUAUGAGAUGAAUAUUUAAUUUAUUAUUUUUGAAGAUUUCUUUGUAAAUUGAGUACCGGCGUUUCUUUCUCCAAUGAAUGAAUAUCUAUACAUGUACAUGUAUCGUUUUAAAUUUAAAGAUAUUACCAUCUUCAUAAAUAUAUGUAUGAAUACAUGAUUAUACUUUAUGUUUCAUUGAUUUGAAUACAUGUGCUUCUUUUCAAAGACUUAAAAUUCUCCACAAAGUCAACGGAUUUUUGAAGUGAGCUGAAAGUAUUAUUUUAAAGCAAAUCAAAAUUUUUAAUUUACUGAGUGAUAUUUGUUUACUGUUUACUGUCAUACGAUACUUACCUCAAUGAUUUAUGGUGACACUUGAAUUUCUUUUUAUUAGAGAUGCAUUAUGGAACCAUUGAGGCAUUUUGUUUUAUCGCUUUACAUCUCUUCAUAUAUAAUUUUAUAUAAAUGUUUGAAUUCCUACUUUGUGAAACUUGUAUGUGAGUAUAUGCAGUAUUUGUUUAUACAAUACUGUUAAAGUGAUGUUUUUAAAAACGUGCCUGAGAAUUAUACAAUAAUGAUUAAAAGCAUUUUAAGAUAU